AAAGUUUCAAUUUUUCUGAGCUUCAAAAGAUCCAAUGGCUUCAUCUGCAUUUGCUUUUCCUUCUUACAUAAUAACCAAAGGAGGAGCUUCCACAGAUUCCUGCAAAUCAACUUCUCUGUCUUCUUCUCGAUCUUUGGUUACAGAUCUUUCAUCGCCAUGUCCGAGACCCAACAACAAUUUCCAUCUUUUGUUCUCCAGACCCAUCUCUUCCGGUCCCAAACACCAAUCUGCAAAGUCCGCUAAACCGGAUUCUCCAGUUCCCAGAAACUCGUUAACCGAUGCCAAACAGGUUUGUGCAGUUGGUAGGAGAAAGAGCAUGAUGAUGGGCUUACUCAUGUCUGGUUUAAUGGUUUCAGAAGCCAAUCCUCUAACAGCAUUUGCUUCGACUUCAGUGUUUAGAGAAUACAUAGAUACAUUUGAUGGAUACUCUUUCAAGUACCCUCAAAAUUGGAUCCAAGUCCGAGGAGCUGGCGCUGAUAUAUUCUUUAGAGACCCUGUUGUCCUCGACGAGAAUCUCUCAGUCGAGUUUUCUUCGCCUUCUUCCUCAAAAUACACAUCACUUGAAGACUUGGGUUCCCCUGAAGAAGUAGGAAAGAGAGUACUUAGACAGUACUUGACUGAGUUUAUGUCCACUAGACUCGGGGUUAAGCGCGAGGCCAACAUUCUAAGCACUUCCUCCAGAGUUGCAGAUGAUGGUAAACUCUACUACCAAGUCGAGGUAAACAUAAAGUCAUACGCAAACAACAACGAGCUAGCUGUGAUGCCGCAAGAUAGAGUGCCUCGUUUGGAAUGGAACCGGCGCUACCUUGCAGUCCUAGGAGUUGAGAACAACAGACUCUAUUCAAUUAGACUCCAAACACCUGAGAAAGUUUUCGUGGAAGAAGAAAAAGAUCUAAGAAGAGUCAUGGAUUCGUUUAGGGUCGAGAAGAUUUAGAAUAACUCACAUUCUCCAUAAGUUUCUUCUUAUUCCAAACCAAAAAAUCUUGUUGCUGACUACUUUUGAUUACCAAUCAAAACGAUUUUGAUUC